AUGCGAGCUAGGAGGUGGAUUCAAGAUCUGGAAAGAACAUUUGAAGUCUGUGGGUGCAUUGAGGCCCAUAUGGUAUUAUAUGGAAGCUAUAUGUUGCAAGGUGAAGCGGCAAACUGGUGGGAGACCAAGCGGCCACUUCUAGAAAUGGUGUUGGGAUCCUUGGCUGCUGUGUCUUGGCAGCGGUUUAAGAAAGAAUUUGAUGAUCGAUACUUCCCUGUUUCGGUGAGACGGCAAAAGGCUCGAGAGUUCAAUAAUUUGGUUCAAGGAGACAUGACGGUCGAGCAAUAUGGAAGGAAAUUUAUGGCGCUUGGACGGUUCGCUCCUCACCUUAUUGCCACCGAAGAGUUGCGACAAGUGGCUUAUCUUCAGAUUAUGGAAUUUCAGAAGUUGGUGGACUUGGCCAAUAUAGCAGAGCGAGAGAAUAACUUUGCAGUGGGCUCCCCUCUGGGUCAGAAAAGGCGGAGUUAUGAGGCCGGACUCCAGUGUGCCCUAGAUGCAGUAGAGCCCAUGAGGGCGAUUGAGGUCAAAGGGGAAUUCAGUGUUAUAGAUGUGGCCAGCCGGGUCACUUUGCUCGAGAGUGUCCCAGUCGAGUUCAAGGAGGUCAAGGAGGAUGAGGAGGUCGACGAGGUGGAAGGGGCAGCUAGAGACAGUAGAGUUCGUCAAUAUGAUUUCUGUGCAUGUACUUUGUUUGAUUCUGGGGCGUCCCAAUCUUUUGUGUCCGCCACUUUUGCUCAGAUGUGUAAUCUAGUCACGGAGCCUUUAUCACAAUCCCUAUUAGUGACUUUUCCAAAUGGUGAGAUGGUAUGGUGCUUCAAAGUUGCUUUAGGCUGUCCUUUAGAUUUUGGUGGAAGGACAUUGGACACAGAUUUGAUUGUAUUCAAGUUGCUUGGAUUUGAUAUAAUUUUGGGUAUGGAUUGGCUGUAUCGAUAUUCUGCAAAUAUUGAUUGUAGAAGUCGAGUUCAAGUCGUGUCUACACCAUCUGAGAAGAAAUCUUUAGCGGAUAUUCCAGUGGUGGAAGAAUUUCCUGAUGUGUUCGUGGAUGAGUUACCUGGAUUGCCUCCCGUUCGCGAUGUGGAAUUUUUUAUUGAUCUGGAACCUGGGGCGGCUCCUAUGCAUAAGGCUCCUUACCGCAUGGCACCGGCUGAGUUAAAAGAGUUGAAGACUCAAUUGCAAUAA